AUGGUGUUGAAAGAGGGAAAGUUUGUUGAUUUUGAGCAAACGUUGCGCGCAAAGACUACCAUUCCUUCUGCGAACAUUGUAUUUGGCUAUCCAAGCUUUGGUAAACAAUAUCAGUCAGCUAAAUUGCCUUUAAUAUCUGGUUCAUUUGCCAAACAUCAACUACCAUAUUUUACACAGUUCCACUACACUAUGGCACAAGAUGAUGAGGUAUUGAAACGAGUAGCUGAUCCUAAACGAAGCGCAUUAAUGUUUAUGGGACCAUCUGGUGCUGGCAAGACAUCAGCGUGCGUGCGUUUAUUAUGUUACAAUCCUGGAAUGGUUUUAACAUGUACUUCAUCAUCAGAGGUAUCCAGUGGAUUGACAACUGAUUCGUUGAUGCGUCAAGCAUUUGGUCACUUAAAGGGACGAAAUAUUUUUGAACUUUUUGGCUCAGUAGAACAAGUAGUACUAAUGGUAUUCAUAUGUAGAUUGAUUUACAUCUCAAAACUAAUUGAUGAAGCAAAACAACACCCAAAUGUAUUUGAAGACUUUGUUCAGAGAGAUAAGGAUGGAAAUAUUGUUAAUGGUGGAAUACUUCCCUAUCUUGCAUAUAUGCAAUCCAAUGGCAAAACUAACGCUAGUGAGGAAGCUCUAGACUAUGCAUUGAAAUUUGUUUAUUCUAAUCCUGAAAUAUUGAAAAAAUUUAUUUCAAAUUUAGUGAAGGAGAUAAUUCAUUCACUUAAUGAUAAUUCAACUCUAUUUGGAAUAGUUAAGAAAAUUGAAUAUUUUGUGGUUGUUAUUGAUGAAGCAAACGUUUAUGCAGGCAAUAAUACUGGCUCUGAGAAGCUUUCAGAGUUAAUAAGUUUGAGUGGCGAGAAGAGAGGACUGUUAACCAAGUUUGCACAAUUCAUUGGUGCCAUAGAAAAAUUUCAUGUGUCCAUAUUUUCUGGAACUAACUUUUCCGUUGAUGUUGGAAGUAUUAUACAAUCAAAUCUUGGUAAAACUGAAGCAAAGAUUGAUAUAGAAAAAAUAUAUGACUUUGGUUUGGUUGCAAGAGAUGAUAUCGUUUCAUUUUUAGAAAAACAUAUCAAAAUACCAAACGAAGAGAAGAAAGAGAUUUUAUUCUAUUUACAUGAACAAGGUUACAAGUACUUUCGAAGAAGAUUAAUCACAUUGGCAUUAGAAAAACUUACCAAAACCAACACCAUAAUAGAUGCUCUUAAUUUAUCCGUAAAAGAGUUUGUAUUGGGAGCAAAAAAGCAUGUAGAGCAUUAUCUUAAUACCUAUAACUCAAAAUUGAAUCCUAGAUUGGCAGCAGAAGAAACAACUCGACAAGGUAUUCAAGAAGCCAUUGUUAAAUAUGUUACUCAUUAUCAGUUUCCAUUUUUAGGUUCUAAGUUUACGGUUCAUAAGGAUGAUAUUGCUGACGCUUUACUAUAUUCUGGAUUUUCUGGCCCAGAAAGCUCUUAUUUGGAUGAUCGAACCGCAAAACAUUUUGUAUUUUCUGCCAAGGAUUUUAUUGGGUAUGAAAUUGGAAUGGAAAUACUAAAGAAGAUAUUUGGUAUUGAAGAUAAAUCAGAACUAAUGAAAAAGAUUAUUCAAGAAAGGAUUAAAUUGCUCCUAAAAACUUCAGACCACAACAUUGAUUUGGAAUCAAUUGUUAUGCUCAGACUCUCAGAAUUAGAUGGUACACGUUUGUCUGAAAUUGGUUGUUUCAAACCACUAAUCACCAACAAUGCAAACUUAAAAGAUCACAUAUUCAAGUGCAAACAUUAUUUAGAUCCAAAGGGAUAUAUUGAGUACUGUAUUUCCAAACACGUUAUAGAACCAGAGAAGAAGAAUGAUAUGAACGGAGAAAAAUUGUUCUGGACACACUUUGCCGAGAAAAAGUGGGAUUUAUUAGAUGGAGUAUUUAUAACUCCAUCUAAUGAACACCACAACGACCUGUUUGGUAUUAACAGAGUUAAAGGUUCAGACAUGAUUAUUCCAAUAGGUUUCCAGUGUAAAGUGCAAUCUGGAACUAACUUUGACCCCCAUUCAUAUUUUAGCUCCACUAUUCCUGAACUAUUUUAUCUCGAUAAUUAUGGAAAACUGAAAUCUAAUACCCUCUACAAUUUAAAUUGUAAUCAUAUUGAAGAAACCAAGAUUAAUAAUGAAAAUCGUUUCGUUGUGAAGGAUAAUUCAAAACAGAUAAUAGAUGAUGCGAAUGGUCAAGGCAUGAAAGUUAGUUCAAAUGCAAAAUGGUACAAUGACCUAAGAAAUGCUGUUUUACAAGUAUUUAAAUCAUCAAAUAUGAUGCAUGUGUGUGUUGGACUUCACACAACUGAAACAUUCUCAAAAGAGGUUGUAAAGAAAUACCAGAAAAACUAUUUGUGCUCCUUCAUUGACAUGAGCAACUAUGACUUACUCUUCGAGAAAGAAUGGGAGAGAUACUUAAAGAACUUUUUAACCACAGUGGCAGAACGAGUGAAUAGUGAUAAUAAGAAUAAAUAG